AUGCCUGCUACCACGGCGGAAACCCUCUCUCUCGUUACAAGAAAUGUAUCAGUUGCACCACUGGUAUUACUUUCAGUAGCAGAUCAUUACGGCCGGUCAACUAAAGGCUCGCGCAGACGUGUGGUUGGAGUUCUGUUAGGACAGAAUGACGGAAAGGAUGUACGGGUAUCAAACAGUUUUGCUGUCCCAUUCGAAGAGGAUGAUAAAGACCCAUCAGUAUGGUUUUUGGACCACAACUACGUCGAGUCGAUGAAUGAUAUGUUUAAGAAGAUCAAUGCGAAAGAAAAGUUGAUAGGAUGGUAUCACUCUGGGCCUAAGCUGAGAGCUUCGGAUUUAGAGAUCAAUGAGUUGUUUAAGAGAUAUACCCCCAAUCCAUUACUUGUGAUUAUCGAUGUUCAACCAAAGGAGGCUGGCGUACCAACAGAUGCCUACUUUGCAGUAGAGGAGAUCAAAGAUGACGGCACAACUACAUCCAAGACUUUCGUACACACACCAUCGAUUAUCGAGGCUGAGGAGGCUGAAGAAAUCGGAGUUGAACAUUUACUUAGAGAUAUCAGAGAUGUGGCAGUUGGAACCCUGUCAACCCGCAUCACAAACCAAUUACAAUCAUUGCAAGGACUGCAUUUGCGUUUAAGAGACAUUGGUCAAUAUCUACAAAAAGUCCUCGAUGGUACCCUUCCAGUCAACCACGCCAUCUUAGGCAAUCUCCAAGAUGUUUUCAAUCUCCUCCCUAAUCUAUCUACGCCCAAACCUUCCUCUCAUAUUCCCAACGGUUCCGAUGCACCACUUGAGAACAAUAGCGAAUUGGCACGUGCUAUGAGCAUAAAAACCAACGAUCAGUUGAUGGCUAUCUACUUAAGUAGUUUGAUCCGCGCUAUCACUGCCUUCCACGACCUGAUCGACAACAAAAUCCAAAAUAGACAACAACAAGAGGACAAAGAUACUAAGAAGGACGAGGGCAAAGAUGAGAAAGACAAGAAGACUGAUGGGCCUAAUGGCGUGAACGGGGAUGCGAAGGAGGGCAAGGAAGUGGAAAAGGAGAAAGAGGAUAAGGAAAAGAAGAAGUGA